AUGUCGCCCUGUAUCUUUUCCGAUGCGAAUUUGAACGAACGAGAAAGACAGCUGUUAGCAAACCCGCCCAUUACUCUACAUUUGCCAAUCGAUCGGCUGCUAAAACCGUCAUCUAAACAGACUGAGAUACGGCAAGUACCAAAUCAGUUCCUGCUAUACCGAAGGAACUUUUCGGCAUCUGUUAAGGGGCAAAAGAAACCAUUGAAGGAAAUUUCUGCCGAAGCCACUAAAAAGUGGUAUGCCGAACCUGACAACGUUAAAAUUUAUUUUUACUCGUUGUCCAGAAUUAUGAAAAAAAUAUACAUAACUAGAGAACAACCAAAUAGCUCCGUCGGUUCUUCCCUCGAAGCGUUUGGAGAUAGCUUAAAUGGUUCUCCAGAUAUAAAUCCGGAUGACGCAAUGGUGCGCUCCGAUGGAAAACUUCCAGAGUAUAUGGAUCUCUGGCUUUAUACAAUUGAUAAAGAAGCAAUUGAUGCGGAAAAUGCAGAUAAUUCUGGUUUUGCAUGCAUUAAUUCGCUCAAUUUUUCAGAUGUUAUAUAA